CCUCUGUACUAAAGUCCUUCCGGUCUCUUCGUCUGACAGAAAGGAAAAUGGCGGCUCUCGGACGGUUGUCUCAAGCGUUGCUGAGGUCUUCCUUGACCCAGAGCCGGCGUCAGCUUUCCGCUGCCGCUGCCGCCGGACACGGCGAGCAGGCAGCCAAGACAUGGAAGAUCCUCACUUUCGUGGUUGCCCUACCUGGUGUUGCAGUGUGCAUGUUGAACAUGUUCUUGAAAGAGCAGAAUCAUAGCCACGAACAGCCGGAGUUUGUCCCUUACCCCCAUCUUCGCAUUCGCACAAAGCGUUUCCCUUGGGGAGAUGGCACCAAAUCCCUUUUCCACAACGCCCAUGUGAAUGCCCUUCCUGACGGCUAUGAGGGUCAUGAGUAAACCCUCUCUUCAGACCUCGUAACCGGCACAGGGACCAGUAUCCCCCCUCAGCGUUUCUAGCUGGACCACACAUCCAUUCACAGUUUACUCUACUUGUUUGUUUUACCUCUGUGCUCUGAACAUGGGGCACCCGAACCAACUGUUUUUAUUUUUUCUUCUUUCUUCUGGACCAUUAAACAAAAUGUCCGUUUAAACUGAAUUAACAUAAAUAAAGUAACUAUUACCUCAA